UUGAAUAAAAUGUUCAGUUUUUUACGCGACACGAUGGCAAAUACACCGAUUGCUCUUUCACGUACGAUUAUAAGCUUGUGGAUUGGAAUACAAGUCUACAGGCCUCAGGUGACAUCGUUGAGUUCGUUGCGGAACAACUAUAUAAUGGCUUAUGAGAACAAAACAUGGGCAGAUAAUCAAAUAAAGAAAGCUCAAAAUAAAUGCAAAGAAUAUACACAAUACGCCUGCCAGUAUCAAACACCUGAUGUAGAAGAUUCCCAUAAGGAUCGGAUACAGAAUGGAGAAUAUGUUUCUGAAGGGAUGCUUCCUCAUAUGGCGUAUCUAAUAAUAAUUCUUGCAAGAGAUAUAGGGAAGGCUUGCUCUGGUACGUUGAUCAGCGAAAAAUUUGUGAUGACUGCUGCUCAUUGUACGUUUGGCAUCGUUUGUGCAGGGCAACAAAUUCACAUCAAACUGGGAAGUUUAAACAAAAAUAACGAUGAGACCGGCCGUUGGUAUGGUGUCGAUCACAUCUACGACCACCCGUAUUUCAAGGAUACAGAUAGGAGUAAAAAAGUCUGGCCUCACGAUAUUGCCCUAAUAGAGCUAUCCGAAACAGUGCAUUUUAGUCGAAACAUCAGACCGAUAUGUUUGAACACUAAUUACGAGAUCAACAUGUACAAUAGUGCUAUUGCUGCAGGAUGGGGUCUUACUGAGCAUGGAUGGACCAACUUUCUCAAAAUGGUUGAAUUACAAUUGAAGGAAUCGCACUGUGAUCGUAGUUACCAAGAAGAUUUUGAAUACUCCGACAUAGCCAAAUCAUACGCCAUUUGUGCCGCAGAGGACCAAAAAAACACUUGUGGAGGUGACUCCGGUGGACCUCUACAUGUUCUGAUGAAUGAUACAUGUCCAAACAUGUAUGAACAAAUUGGGGUAGCAGCGAAUUCAGUAGGAGAGUGUUCGUUAGAUUGUACUUACAGUUGGGCGAUAUUCACAAAAGUUUCACUUUAUAUUCCUUGGAUUGCUAGCAUUGUUUGGCCCGAAGAAGGCGGAACAUGAAAGUAUAACAACAUUAAGUACCUACUACCUAUCGCCGAAGAAUUUCAUCGAUCAAUAAAUUUUAUUAGAUGCAAAAUUGCAAAUGCAUCACUGUAAAGGAAGAGAACCAUUUCUUAAUUGAUGAAAUAUUAUUAAUUUUAGAUUGUCAAAUACACAACUAAAAUAUACUAUACACAUUCAAUAUA